CUAAAAAAUAUGAAAAUUGCAAACCAACCUAAGAUAUUAUUACAUGUAGAGGCACUCGCUAAAACGUAACAGAAUUUAGGAGGUUCAUAAUACGCAUUCACAAACAGAGCCUGCAUCAGUCAAAUACUCUUCUGCACAACCUGCAUUUUUGAAUUGAACAAAUGGAAAGGCAUUUAAAGGAGAUAUGGAUUACAAACUUUAUGAAUUA